AUGGCGGAUGUAAACUUGGGAAAUUCAACAAGCAUUUGCGACAUCCACUCAUUUGUGUCCAGCCGCACACUAAUUGGAUCGAUGCUAAUAAUCACUAUUCUUGUUGGAGGGACUGGAAACGUCAUCCUUGGAAUUUUCAUUGCCAGAAGAGGAGAAAUGCAGUCCCGGAUCAACAUCAUCUUAGCCACCAUAGCUAUAUCUGACGCUUUCAUUUCACUCAUCUGUGCUCCAGUAGAGUUUGCCAGCAUAACGCUCGAACCACAAACCUUUGGAUACAUUUGGUGCCACGCCCAUGCUUUCGUACUCUCGCUUCUGAUUAUGCAAAAUUUCGCUCUGCUUAUUGUCAUCAGCAUUGAUCGCUAUUUCACCCUCGUGCAUGGUUCUGAUAUGCUGAAGAAGUGUCGUAUGUCCCUCCUGCUUCCUUGCUGUUUUGUGAUUGCGGCUGCUAUAUCCUCUUUACCACUUUUUGGUGUUGGGGGAGCUGUUUUUUCCCAGACGCACUGCAAAAGUCGGAUCGACCAUAAGGACAGAUUAUAUUAUCGAAUGUUUUCCAUCGUGUUCUUUUUUGUUCCUUUCAGUUUUCUUCUAGGAAUGUACGGAAGGAUAAUACUUAUCGUUCGAAAGACCACCCACAGAGUGAGGCCUUCAUUCACAAAUGGAAUGAGGUUCAGAAAUCCGAAAACAAAUUUUCGAUUCAAGAGGAAGACGUUUUACACAAUUCUUUGCUUAUUUUUCGUUUUCAUGGUAUGCAAAUUACCAAUGUUGGUAAACUUCCUGUUAUUGGAUGAUUGGCCUUGUCCUUUGCCUUCCUGGGCUUCACUUUUCAUUUACUUAAAUUCAUUAAUCAAUCCUUUCGUAUAUGCAACCAAAGUCAAACAAUACCGCAGAAUAAUAACUGGAAGAUUUAGUUUAAUUCCGAAUCGAGAAAGCAAUAUGACCCGUCGCAGAAAACGAAGCAGUGCGGAGAGCAUAUACAGAGUAUCUGUUAUUGAUUACAAUUCUGUAAUUUGA